ACUAAUGACUUGAUAGGUGACAGUGAAGUAGUCAAAAGUUGUUAUUGUUUUGAUAUUGCUUGUUUUAAAUUAACUAUUCCUAAUUUUUCCGAAUUUUUAUUGUGUUUAUUAUUUUGAAUUAACCAUAUAACAUUUAGGUGAAUAUGUCACAACCUCUGUUAGUGUGUAGUCCUACCACUCCUACCUAACCUAACAUUUUGAAAACAUUAACUUCAAUAGAAUAGAAAAAAAAACUGAAAAUUCCAUUGAAAAAAAAACUUAGAUUUUGUAAAUCAAAGCCUGUUCCCUAUCGCUAGCCAUAUGUUUAAAAAAAGCUUAUUAAUAUUUUUCAAAUUGCAAAGGAAGAUAUAAUGGGAGGUUGGUGUGCAGCAGUAGGCUGCAAGAACUCCGGAAACAAAGGCUACAUAAUGAAAUAUUUCCCAAAAGACCCCACAAGGAGAAAACAAUGGGUGGAAAAUAUGAAGAGGCCUGGUUUUACACCUACCAGAAACUCUGUUCUAUGUCAGGUGCAUUUUACUGCAGAAAUGUGGGAGAAGACUAGGGAGGAUGGUUCAAAAAAACUGAAGCUGAGUGCUGUACCAACCAUUUUUGGUGUAAACUGCCUCAGUCAGAGUUCUGAAGAAGAAUUAAUUGAAAUACAUAUAGAGGAAGAGAAUAUGGAUGAAGAAAUCUCUUGUAAGAACCACAAACUUCUCCAAGACGAACUGAAUUUCUCAAAUACAUCAGAGCUAUUGCAGGAUCCCAAAUUAAUAUCUAAAGAUGAACAAGCAGCUCUUUUAGUCCAGAAUUGUUCUAUUUUAUUGGUUCCACAUACAAAACUUCUUGACUCUAGUAAUAUAUUGGAAAAUGAUGAAAAUAGUGUGGCAUCACAUGCUAAACUUAUAGCCUUGUCCCCUAGUAAUGGGGAGUUUCACAUAGCUUCGCCAUUAUCAUAUGCUAACACUUCUUCUAGCAAUGAUGAUGAGUAUCAAUUAACUGAUGGUUCAUCCUGCGAUAGCUCUCAUAUAGAAGAAAUUAAUAUAAAUAGUCUCCAUAGAACAAUUCAAGCAAGCAGUGGUAAUGCAAGUAAAGAAAUAUAUGGAAAAAGUAGUGAAAAUGCCAGUAAGCAGCAUGAAAUAAAUAGUGACAAGGAUAGUGAUGCUCAAUUAAUAGAAAAAAUAUAUUUUAUAUGUGAUAAAGGAGAGGAGGGUAAUUUAGGAAGUGAAAAGGAUUGCGACGAGUCUACUAACCUCACUAAAAAAGAAAUCGUGACAAAAUAUGAGAAAAAAUGCGAUAAAUUAAAGGCGGCAGUACGACGGUACCGAUCAAGACUCAGAACAACUCAACAACGAAUUCAGACGUUAGAAAGUCUAGUGAAAGAAAAUCGACAUACAAAGUUACUGAAUUAUCUGUUUAAUGAGGAUCAAAUAAGGGCUUUGGGAAAAAUGAUACGUGGCAAGUCGAUAACGCACACAAAAUGGAGCGAUGACACGAUAGCGACAUCGUUAAAACUGAAAUUGGCCUGUGGGAAUAAGGGUUAUGAAGAAGUACUUAGGCAAAAGUUUCCGUAUCCUUCCAUUCGGACUUUGCAAAGGGCAAUUGCAGUGCCGGCGGAAUUUAAAAAUAGUUCUUAGUUUUCAAUGAUUUUAUAAUAUAUUAUAUGAUUUUACAAUGUUUAUAAUAUAGAUAUUGUAGUUUGCUAGAUUUUUAUAUGCAAUUGGAUGUUUUUUAAUAAAAAUUAUUUAUUAUUAGUA